CGUCUUGGAGAGGGCAGGGACGCGCACACAGCAUCAGCAGCUCAGUCUGGUUGGAGCCACCGGUUGAGAUCAUUCACCACUCAGACCACCGACUGUCUGCACGGAUACAAAUCAACCACCUGCAGGAAAACCUUCCUCAAACAACACAAUGGACCUCCUCCUCGGUCCUCCAGACGACCAGGAGAACAUCAGAUGAAACCUGAGAUGCUGCGUAAAACCCCGGAGCUGUUUGAGUCAUGUCUGAAACACAGCGAUGGGCAAGUUUGACGACACCGAGAGGAUAAUCCUCAACGUCGGAGGCACCAGACACGAGACCUACAAGUCCACCCUGAAGACCCUCCCGGGGACCCGUCUGGCCCUGCUCGCCUCCGACUCCUCGGACCUGGACUCUGUUCUGGAUCAGCUGCAACAAGUGCCCGGCUUCCUCGAGUACAACGCCCGGACCAACGAGUACUUCUUCGACCGCCACCCGGGCGUCUUCGCCUACGUGUUGAACUACUACCGCACCGGGAAGCUGCACUGCCCGGCCGAUGUGUGCGGUCCUCUGUUCGAGGAGGAGCUCUCCUUCUGGGGCAUCGAUGAGACGGACGUGGAGCCCUGCUGCUGGAUGACGUACCGGCAGCACCGGGACGCGGAGGAGGCUCUGGAUGUGUUCGAGCUCAACGUGGACACCGGGGAGGAUGAGGAGGAGACGGGGAAGAGGCUGGGCAUCGAGGAUGAUGUAAAUGCUGAUGGGAGUAGUAAUGUCAGCCUGUGGAGAAAGUGGCAGCCGGUGGUCUGGAAUCUAUUCGAGGAUCCGUACUCCUCCAGGGCGGCGAGGUUUAUAGCCUUUGCAUCUUUGUUCUUCAUCCUGGUCUCCAUCACCACCUUCUGCCUGGAGACUCACGAGGCUUUCAACACCAUCAUCAACAAGACUGACCCGAUGCGGAACAGCAGCUUGCCGGACUUGGGCCCGCAGUACGAGAUCAAGACGGACCCGGCGCUCACCUACGUGGAGGGCGUUUGCGUCUUCUGGUUCACCAUCGAGUUCCUGGUGCGUGUGACCUUCUGCCCGGUCAAGUUGGAGUUUAUUAAGAGCGUUCUCAACAUCAUCGACUUUGUUGCCAUCCUGCCUUUCUACUUGGAGGUAGGGCUGAGCGGCCUUUCUUCGAAGGCUGCCAAAGAUGUGUUGGGUUUCCUCAGGGUGGUGCGUUUUGUUCGCAUCCUGCGUAUCUUCAAGCUAACACGUCAUUUCGUGGGACUAAGGGUGCUGGGCCACACGUUACGGGCCAGCACCAACGAGUUCCUGCUGCUCAUCAUCUUCCUGGCGUUGGGAGUGUUAAUUUUUGCCACCAUGAUCUACUACGCCGAACGGAUCGGCGCUAAGCCCAAUGACCCCACUGGUAGCCUCCACACCGAGUUCAAGAACAUCCCCAUUGGCUUCUGGUGGGCCGUGGUGACCAUGACAACACUGGGCUAUGGCGACAUGUACCCAAAGACCUGGUCGGGCAUGGUUGUGGGCGCGUUGUGCGCUUUGGCGGGUGUGCUGACAAUAGCCAUGCCCGUGCCCGUUAUCGUCAAUAACUUUGGGAUGUACUACUCGCUGGCCAUGGCCAAGCAGAAGCUGCCCAAGAAGAGGAAGAAACACAUCCCUCAGGUGGUGCAGGGAGGGUCCCCCAUCUACUGCAAAGCCGAUCUCAACACCACCUGCAACAGCACUCAAGGUGACCUGUGCCACGUCAAAGGGAGCAGAGUGCUAGAACGCCACCGCUCAGUUCUGUCAGCAGACUGCAGCGGCGGCAGCGACCUGACCAUGUCUCCAGAGGAGAGGGUCCCCAUGCGAAGGUCCAGCACCCGGGAACACGACCGCCGGAGCACGGGGACGUGUUUCCUGCUCGCUGCUAGUGACUACACCUGCCCUGCAGAUGGAGGGAUGUUGAAAACAGGCUAUGAGAAAUCCCGGAGCUUAAACAACAUAGCGGGCAUGGCUGGUAACGCCCUGAGGGUGUCUCCUGUGAGCUCGCCCUACGGAUCGCCCUGCCCGCUGCGGCGCUCUCGCUCCCCCAUCCCCUCCAUCCUGUGAGACGUCCACUUUGGCCUAAAGCACCCCCACACAUCCUACCCACCCCAACAAACCACCUCCCUUUUGAUAUUAUAUCUGAACUCUGUUCUAGAUAUUGUGAAUUUGUAGCUAAGACUAAUGUUAGUUUGAGCUUUUCCUCGAAGAUAGAUGUGCUUAGCUAACAUCCUGGUCCCGUGUCACUCGGAGUUCCCCUUUAGUUCCAUAUUGUCGUAACACUUUGCAAUAAAAAGAACUCUGACUGGUGGCUCCAGAAGUAGCAGCCAUAACAUUUAAUAAAGGACAACAUGAAUAAUCAGGGAUAUUAGAUGUUGCUAUAUUUAGAUACCUUGAAGACGUGCUUCCAAAAAAAGAAACGAGAGAUGUCACUUCAUUUUUAACCUCAUACGACUGUGACUUUGUUUUUGCUACUUUUAUUUUUUUUGGGACGGAGACGGGAGGAUUUCAUCUUUCAGGACGACUCACACAAAGCACAGUCUGUCGCUCUUCACCUGCCGCUGGGCCUGCUCAUGUUUUUGCAUGGAUCAUCCUGUAACCAUCGUCUGCAAGCGCUGUGGCAAAGCGGGGGAAGGAACGUGAGGAGAGCUUAUGGAAAUAUAUAUCUUUAUAUAUAUAUUUGAAGGAGUGUUUAUUUAUUAUGUUGGGCUUUACUGGACUGUCUCAUUUCGCCAUUGGCUUCACCAACAAUCCACCCAGGAGACUGAAAACACAGAACGCCAGCUGGGUGUUGGUUUCUCUCUGCAUGUGGGUUUUUCUUCUUUUUUUUUGCUUGUCUUGCUGCUAUUUCCGAUUAACUUUCUCCCCACCUCCUUUUGUGUUUUUGUUUUUCUUUGCCACCAAAAAGCUUGUUUGUGUCUCUGGUUGUUUGCUCACAGAUAACUGCAAAGAGGUUGUCUUUACUGGUUUCACACAAGCAGAGAGCAGCGUUCUGUCUUAAUGGCUCGAGGGGGAAGACGCUGCCAUGGCGGAAAGACGAUUCAUUUCCUUUUUGAAUGACGGUGAUGGUGGGAUAAUUCAUCAUCAGUAUGAGGACCUAUUGCAGUGGGAGGACCCCAUUUGGAGCCGCUCCUACAGGACAGUAUGGAGGACGAGGAGGCGCGCAAAAACUCUUGACUGACCACCGCCGCCACCCAGCCGACGGCACAGUGAGCAGGACAGAAACUCACGAGGAAUCCUGGGAGGACUUUGAUAAGCAUUUACCUUUUCCUGAUUUCCUGUUUUGGAACUGUGGAGAAAAAAAAGGAGAGCAAACUGGACACGUCUUUAAUUAAAACAGACUAUACUACUGUAUAGAUAUCGCUCCUGUAAAUAAGACAACAACACAGCACAUCUGGGCCAAGCUGGCUCCGUCCACACAUCUGUCUUUUGACGGCGAGUCAGGUUAACGAGGUGGGUUUGGUUUUGCGUCGUGACACUCGAUCACUUUCCUCGCCGUGGUAUCCCUCCUCGCAAUAAGUGUAUUAAAGAUGUAUCAGUUGAGGCACUUUGUGUUCUAAAAAUGGAGUGUAUUCAUAUAUGAAAUUCUACAUACAGUAUAUACAGUAUAGAGAGACAAAAACGUGCUAAGUUGAAUAAAUGUGACAUUACGGUUCAUCUCUGCUUUUGUUUCCCUUGGUGAUUUUCAGUAGGUUAAUUGCUCUGCCGUGUGUUAAUGUGUGUGUGUGUAUCCUAAAACACCAGGGUAAGAUCUGCAGUUUGAACGGCCCGGUCAGUGGAGACCAACGAGUGGACUUGAUGCCGUCACUCUUCCAGUUAGUUUUAGCACAAACACAAAUGAGACAGAGUUCCCCUGUGAUGCAGUCGCCGUUGUAGAAGCCCCCCCUACCCCUUCUCCAUGCCGUGCAUUUAACAUGCAACCAACCUGCGUUUGUGCUGCAGAAACACAAACCAAAUUAUUCUCACCAAACUAUUCCUCAUAAUAGCGGAGCGGAUAACAUCUAGUUUUCAAUCAAAUCGUGCAAAUACUGAUACAAGCACCAAAUUUGGCAUGAUGGUUGCCAAGGGGUUACUAAGCAAAUAUAAACGAUUGGCCACUUGAAAAUCCAAGAUAGACAGAUAGAAAUUGACCCGCUGAUAAUGAUUUAUUUAUCUCAUAGAAAUUCAUCUACUUGAUUGAUUUGAGUGAUCUUGGUGUCAAAUUAUAUGUUUUCUGGCAUGCUGGAUCUAAUUUUGAUAGUUUUAACAAUUUUUAACUGUAAUAAGCUUGUCAUAUUCCUGCUUAUCCGGUAGUUAAAAGGGAAGGAAACUUUGGACUACUGAUCCCAUGCUCGAGCAAGUAGAUGAAUUUCUAUGAGAGAAACCAUCAUCUGCAGGUCAGUUUCUUGGAUUUUCACGUGGCCAAUCGUUCAUAUUUGCUAAGCAUCCCCUCAGGAAUCAUGAUGCCAGAUUUGGUGCUUUUAUCACUUAUAUUUGCCUGAUUUUUCCACUAUCCGCUCCACUAUAACUCCUGGUGCGCUAAACAAAAUAACUUCCAAACUUUUCCCUCUUUUGUUUGGGGGUUGGAGCAAAAAGUGUAGCAGAAGUUUACCAAGAUAUAAAAGCGGGGCUUCUAGAGCGGCUACAUCUGCACGGUAGCAAUCACCAAGUACCCAAAACAAUCAGAUCGGAUUUGCAAUAAGCACCCGAAAAACAAAAAGCGCCGAUCCACACUGUGAUUCCAGUUUAAAAACAAGAAGGCAAAAAAGAAAAGUGAAGCUCUGAAAGCUGAAAGUAAAAGGACCGGCAGGUGGCACAACUCUUUGUGCGACGUGUUGGGCUAUAGCUGUCACCCUGUAUACCCACAAUCCUCCUCGUGUAGUACACACGCUGCUUUACUCUUUGAAUUGACAAAAGGGUUACCCGUUCUUUGUGUAUUUUUAGGAUGACGUCGUGACUUGGAGGGAGAAAAAAAAGAAAAAAAGGUGUUUAUUUUUUUGAAUCCAGAAAACAUGUAUUUUUGUGUCUUACUGUUGAGUACAUUUGCUCUUACCUGUGAAAGUCAUGGUAGUCUGAUGCUGUGCUUCUCCAUCGUGUCCUCAAACUUGUCAGGCUUUUUUGGAUCCGAGUUCAUGUUUUGUAUGUUUUACUGUGAGGAAAAAUUCUAGUUUGAAGUCUGUAUUUGUGGAGCCUUUUGUUGGCAUUCUAAAGUGCAUGCUGAAAAAAAAACAAAAACAACCAUUAUGUCAAAUUGUAAAAAAAAGAAAAAAAAAAAGAUGACAUACUGUAUAUCACGUUCAAAAACAAUGUGUAUAGAGUAAAGGUAAAUGCUAUGUGAGAGAUUCACAUAAACUAUUUAUCUUUUAA